AUGAAGCUCGUACUAUCCACCUCCAAUAUCAUGUCUGGAGGGCCCUCGGUCAUGCGUCGACCCUUCUUCGAAAAGUCAAACACAGAGCUCACUUCGUCCCUGCGCGCAAACUUCACAACCCAACAAUCCUCGUCCACACCACCUGCACCGAGCUACAGGUCAUGGACCACACAAGCAGACGGCAGCCUCUACAUACCCACCCACACACCAUCUCCCCUCACCGAGCCUCGCGACUCUUACGACAUCACCGUCAAGCUCUUCUACCUACCCAACAUACCCGCCGACCGCCGAUGCGCGCAGACAAGAGAGGCGAUCGAGUUGGUCUUGAAAGAGUUGGGCACCAAAUCGAUAGAUCUUCUUAUCGUCAGCUUCCCAGGCAUGUCUUUCGACGCCGACGACGAGGACUCGGAUCUCGAGGAUCCGCCAUCAGCCCCACAGUCGACUUCGGAAGGCUGCGACGAUACUGAAGUACCACCCGAGGACAUCGACAUCAUGGCUGCAACAUGGCGGACCUUGGAGAAGCUGCACAGCGAGGGACUGGUGUCGAAACUGGGUAUCGCCGAGUUUGGCGUUGCGCGACUGGCCAAGUUCCUUGAACACACGACCAUCAAGCCCAGCGUCAACCAGAUCAACGUCCGCGAUUGCUGCGUCGUACCCAAGCCCCUCAUCCUGUACGCCAAACAGCAGCAGAUUGAGCUUCUGACACACAACGACUGUACCAACAUCCUGCCGCGAGGAACGCUGCGGCAGAUACUAGGCUCUGGACACAAUGGUUCAGGGGUACUGGCCAGCGAGUCCAACAAAGAUGGCCUCAAGGGCGAUGUAUCACCGCAGUGGGUCGUCAAGUACACGGCAGUCGUCAAGGAUCGAGGAGUGGUGGAGAACAAGGGGUAUUUUGCCGUCGCCGAGUUACGGGACGAGUAA